GACUUGACGGGGCGGCACCAUGACGGACCGCUACACCAUCCACAGCCAGUUGGAGCACCUCCAGUCCAAGUACAUCGGGACGGGCCACGCCGACACCACCAAGUGGGAGUGGCUGGUGAACCAGCACCGCGACUCUUACUGCUCCUACAUGGGCCACUUCGACUUGCUCAACUACUUCGCGAUCGCCGAGAAUGAGAGCAAGGCGCGCGUCCGCUUCAACCUCAUGGAGAAGAUGCUGCAGCCCUGCGGGCCGCCCGCCGACAAGCCCGACGAGUCCUAACCCGGCGCCCUGCCCGCCGGCCCCGGCCUCGCUGUGACGCCGCACGCCGCGGGGAGAUGGAGGGAGUCGCCCCGGUCCUCGUGUCCCCCGUCCUGUGUUCGACGAAGGGUGCUGGAGGGAGAAGGAAGCUCUGUCAAACACCCGCUCUUGGACACUUUCGUUUCUCUUAGUUGCACAGCUGGUUGCCCUUUUGUUUUUGUUUUUUUUUUAAUGGGAAAUAAAAUCUACUGGGCAUUUGUAACGUGUUGUGUGGUAAUCUGCUGAUAAGAGCUCUUGGUUCUAAAGGGAAUACUGAUAUAUCAAGUUUUUCGGUGCAGCUAUCCAGAUGCUUAACAGAUAGCAUCAUAGCACCUUCCCAGCCCCACUGACUGGUGCUCACUCGUCAGCAUUGUUUGUUGGGAGGGAGAGGAAAAAGCCUGUUGGCACUGAAAGGGUUUGAUUUGUUGUUAGCAUUUCUUGAAUGGCCCUGAAACUCCAGUGUGACUUUUCUUCACGGACUGUUUUAUGCUUCGUCUUCCUUUUCCCUGUAUGUUGCAUUUUCCAAAUCUUUACUGUGUCUAUUCCAGCUUGGUUUCUUUUUUAGUUAUGUUUGUAGCCAUCCGGUGAUUAAAAAUGUUUCCAUGAUUCACUGCA